CCAACAUGCCAGUGCCUAGUGAGUGUUAUCCUCUUUUCUUUCCUUACUGACCAUUCGCUACAUCUCAUGAUGCUCAUAUCAUAGCGACGUCAAACAAUUAGCUCGCUUUUUAGGUUGAAAAGAGCAGGGAAUGUAAGUGGCUUUUUUAGGGGAAGACAGGGAAAGUUCGGCUUUGCAUGUGAUGGUGAAGCGUUUUCCUUAAAAAACCCGACACUUGUCUAUCGUGUUUCCUACUCAAUUAUUUAAUUAAGGGGGCCUUGAUCAUAUACCACAAAGUAUUAUGUUUUUUUCAAAGAAUUUCGAUUUCUCGAAAAUACCUGAUCUCACUGGCAAGAUCGCCAUUAUCACUGGUAGCAACACUGGCAUCGGCAAGGUUUGUGCUUUGGAGAUGGCACGACAGAAUUGUCAAAUUAUUGUGGCCAGCCGUAGUGAAGAGAAGGGACAAGCUGCUGUUACCGAGAUUAAGUCUGCUACCGGUAAUGACAAGGUUGAGUUUAUGAAGCUUGACUUGCUCUCGCUCGAAGCAGUUAAAGCGUUUGCCGAGGAGUUUACUGCUAAAUUCGACAAGUUGCAUAUCUUGCUGAACAAUGCUGGUGUCAUGAUGUGUCCCUAUGGUCUUAGCAAGGAUGGCAUUGAGAUACAGUUUGCCACAAACCAUGUGGCUCACUACUACUUGACCAUGCAACUGCUUCCUCUUUUAAUCAAAUCCGGUCCCAGUCGUAUUGUCAAUGUGAGCUCCAUGGGCCAUCAUUCCACUUCAGUUUAUGCUCCCAAUUUUACUGACAAAAUCAGUGAGAAGAAGGGCUAUAAUGCCACUUUGCAAUAUGGUUUUACCAAGGCAUGCAAUAUCAUGUUCACCCGUGAACUUGCCAAACGUUUGGAAGCCCAGGGGAUUGACAAUGUAUACGUCAACUGUAAUCAUCCUGGCGUUGUGAGCAGUGAGCUUUCAAGACAUAUUGCUUCCCCAAAGUCAUUCUUGGAUAGUGUGUACAACAACUAUCUUGCUAUUACUACGGAGAAUGGUUCGCUUACACAACUGUAUCUUGCCACGAGCCCUGAGGUGGAAAGUAAACAGAUCAAGGGCCAGUAUUACGUUCCCUACGCUGCAUCUGGUUGGGCAAACCCUUACUCAAGAUCUGAAAAGAAUGCUGCUGAUCUAUGGGAGUACACCGAAAAACUACUGAAAGAAAAAGUUCCUGACUAUCAAGGAGCCGCUAUUUAAUAUAUUUACUAUUUAUAUGUUAUAGAACCUUUCAUUUAAUCCUACUGAAUUCAAAUAUUGCUCCUAUAAGCACUCUACUAAAAAUUCUUUUGAUACUUUUCCAAAAUCAAUUUGAAAUACGUGGUCGCUUCGAGGAAGGAAUGUUUGUCAAGUAGGUCACCUUAGACACCUUACCUCUAAAGUAGUUUAUUGACUCUUUCUUAUGAUGAUUAUAUAGCUUUCGCACCAAAUAAUUUUCAU